GCGGUAGAUGCCAUAAAUGUUAAAAAAUUCACACAUUAAUAAUAGAAAAAUAUUUCCAAAUGGACUUAAUUCAUUUCACUUUGAAACAAUCCCACCUGCCUUGUAACUUGUUCAAUUUCUCUUCGUAUUGUUUUGGUUUUGCUCUCCGUUCGACGUACUAUGUUUGUUUCAAUUAGCAAAAACUUUUCACAGUUUCUCAGUUAAUUUCAAUAUUUAAUGCUCAAUGUACGCGAUAAGUGACUCAAAAUGUUGUGCAAAAUGAAAUUCUUGUUAAAAAUUGUGUAAAAAAAUUAAAAAAAAAGUUUUUUCGGAAAAGCAAAAAAAUUAGAAAAAAUUUUCCCCGUGCAGCAUAAAAAAAAUAUAUUUUUUGACUAUGGUCGAUAAAAGUGUUAAUAAUUUUACUAACGAAGUGGACGAUGAUACAAUGUCGAGUGUCUAUAAUGCAUGGCACGAAAUGUUGGAAUCAGAAAGUUCUAGUAUGGCUGAGAGACUAUAUGACCUUGAGCGACAAGUAUUGGAGCAGCAAGAGGAAAUUUUGUCACUAAAAUCAACACUUGCGGAAGUUUUACGGCGCCUCAAUAUUCUCGAUUGCAAUUCAUCACGUGUAUCAUCAUCAACGUCCUCCUCCAGCUCGUAUGAAACAACAAUUAAGAAUAACAGAAUACGUUCAUCACAAAUAACAACAACAGCGCCAGCAACAACGCUUGAUGACUGGCGAUUGAGGAGAAGCGGCAGCAAUACAAAUAGUACAACAAAUUCGCCUUCUAGAUUUCAAGCUAAUACAAAAGUAACAAAUUUAAAUCGACGAUCAUUGCAUCAUCAGUCUAAUGGAUCGCUACAUUCAGCUGAUUCACAAAGCAGCACAUCCCCUGCAGCGUCACCACUUCCUCGACCUGCAACUGUACAUUCCACGGCUGCACCAUUGCAGCUUAGUAAUAAUAAUAUAAAUAAUAUGAAUAAUAUUAAUAACAAUAAUAAUCAUCAAUCGUCGACGACAAACUUAAUGUCGCAAAGUGGCAGCAGUAUGGGCAGUCCAACAGGUCUUGCGAAGCGAUGGAAUAGUACCGGUGAUUUUGUUGUGACGUCACCAACCAAUAGCUCGUCUUCCGCAUUGUUGCAAAAUAGUCGAUACACAACAAAGUCACUGCUCAAUUUACAAACGAAAAAUAGUCCGAAUAGUCUGCUUAAGCAUGGUUCCAGUACAGCACAAUAUGAGGAGGAUAAUCAAAGUGUACGUAUGUACUUGCGAGGACGUCCUGUAGUACUCUAUGUUCCUGAAAAGCGAGCCGAUUCAGUGAAUUAUGAUAUCACGAAAGUACAACCGGCGCCAUCCAAAAAACUCAAGUUGGAUUGGGUCUAUGGCUAUCGUGGCAAAGAUUGUCGCAGUAAUCUCUACCAACUGCCAACAGGAGAAAUUGUCUACUUUGUAGCAGCAACAGUCGUUCUAUGCAACAUCGAUGAGCAAUCGCAACGUCAUUAUCUUGGCCAUACAGACGACAUCAAGAGCCUUGCAAUUCAUCCCAAUAAGCUACUUAUCGCAACGGGACAAUGUGCUGGGCAAGAUCGCAGAACAGCAUCGCCUCAUAUCCGUAUAUGGAAUUCAGUGUCAUUAGCAACAAUGGCCAUUAUUGGUGUCGGUGAUUUUCAAUCGUCAGUAACAUGCGUGAGUUUUAGUCAAGCUGAUAAUGGUACGCUGUUGGUAGCAAUUGAUGAUUCAUCCGAGAAGACAAUUAGUGUAUGGGAAUGGCAAAAAGGUGAAACUGGCAAGAAAAUUACAGAAACAAAAUGUUCAGUCGACACAGUUGUCGGUGCUGAGUUUCAUCCGCUUGAUCGUAAUCAAAUUAUUACAAUUGGAAAGAAUCAUAUUGCAUUCUGGACAUUGGAUCAAAAUGGUGCACUUUAUAAGAAAAUGGGAAUUUUUGAUAGUCGUGAGAAGCCAAAGUAUGUGACAUGUUUGACAUUCACAGCAUUUGGUGAUGUCGUUACCGGCGAUUCUAAUGGAAAUAUUAUUCUUUGGGGUCGUGGAACAAAUGCCAUUGGUAAAUUUGUUAAGAAAGUCCAUGAGGGCUCUGUAUUUUCACUAUGUGCUUUGAGAAAUGGAAAAUUAAUUUCCGGUGGUGGUAAAGAUGGUCGAUUAGUGCUUUUAGGAGAAGACUUGACUCCAGCUGGCGUUGAAAAUUAUGUUGAACCACAUUUCGGUGCUGUGCGUGUUGUAACGCAAGGCAAGGGCAUGCAAUUGCUUGUUGGAACGACUAAAAAUUGCAUAUUGGCUGGUGAUCUUGAUAUGGGAUUUACACCCGUUGUUAUGGGACACACUGACGAGCUAUGGGGCUUAGCUAUUCAUCCAAAUAUGCCACAAUUUAUAACAGGUGGUCGUGAUCGAUUGCUGCAAAUGUGGGACACGCUAUCGCAUUCUGUUGUUUGGAGUAAGGACAUUGGCGAGCAAAUUCAAUGUGUUGAAUUCCUUCCAGAUGGUGAAUUAGUCCUUGUCGGGACAUUAACUGGCAAGUGGUUGGUCUUUGAUCCAAUGUCAAGGGAACUUUUGUCACAAUAUACAGACGGACAAGAACCAAUUCAAAUAAUUAAAGCAUCACCGAAUGGAACACUCGUUGCUGUUGGCUCACGUGACAACACAAUUUACAUCUAUCAACGAACUGGAGUUCCUCAUAAAUUCAAUCGCAUUGGCAAAUGUAAUGGACAUUCAAGCUUUAUUCUGUUCUUGGAUUGGUCACUCGAUGGAGAAGUUUUAAGAUCAAAUUCUGGUGACUACGAGAUAUUGUUCUGGAAUCCAAAUUUAUGUCGACAAAUAACAAACAGCUCAUCCUUACGUGACACUGAAUGGGCAUCAAACUCAUGUGCUAUAUCAUUUGAAACGAUUGGAAUUUGGCCAGAGGGAGCUGAUGGAACGGAUAUUAAUGUUGUUAACCGUAACUUUGACAAAAGUCUUAUGGCCACGGGCGAUGAUUUUGGAAAGGUCAAAUUGUUUACAUAUCCAGCAUCGAAACCAAAGUCACUUUCAUACACCUAUGGAGGGCACAGCAGUCAUGUCACAAACCUAUCAUUCCUCCAUGACGAUACACGCUUGAUAUCAACCGGUGGCGCUGACACAGCUGUCUUACAAUGGGCAAUUAUCUAAUCAACUCAUCGUUCAUUGUAUUCAAAUUGAUUAAUUCUAUACGACACAAAACUGCACUUGUUAUGAAACUUUUUGGAAACUUUCGGAUAUACAAAAAUUAAAUAAAUAUUUUUCUCUACUCUUCUUUCCAGUUUGAAAAAAAGUAAUAAAAAUUAUCAACCAAAACUGACAAAUUUCUUCUCCUGUUGAAGCUUCACAUUAAGCUUUUAUUAAAGAAUAAAAUAAUGAUUAGCGCACCAAGAAUUAAUCCUGCCACAUAAAUACGAAUUGUACACACCAACAUACACCAUAUGAAACUAUCAAUAAUGAGCAUAGAAAAUAUAUUUUAAAUAAAACUUUAAAAAUAUCAGCAAAAUAAUAUCUUUGGGGUUGGUUGAUGGAUGGUGUGGCUGUCAUUUGUUAAAAUUUUGGAAGAUUUUAAGUUAUAAUUGACGGAAAGAGGCUCCAGUUGCACAAUAUGAUCGACAUGGACUAGUUGCUUGGGGAAAGCUAAAGCAUACCUUAUCAGGUAAACCCAAGAGGGUACAUACAAAUUGAAUUAGAUUCAUUUACACAUUUGUUGUCCUGUAUCAAGCAACUUUGACAAAUUUGUGUCCAUUUUACAUUCCAAAACUUGAUUUCAGUGCUCAAAGUCGAUGAAAUUUUAUAUGGAGUCAAGUCUACUAGGAGUCGACUCCGCCAUACAAAAUUGAUGAGAUCUUGAGCUCUGCUAGAUUUUAAUGCAGCAAUGAACAUGACAACCAAACCAACCCCAAAUUGCUUCCUCAAAACAAUUUUUUUCUACCAUAAAUACACACCAGAACACAUAAUAUAAAAAUUAUGAUUAUCAAUCUGAACAUGCAGCAUGAAUUUGAAGGAAUUUUGACUAGAAUCGAAAAAAAAUGUAGACUAGACUUUAAAAAACAUCAAAAAUAUAUCAAGUAGAAGUGCUUUCUAAUCCUAUUAACUGAGCUUUUUUAUAUGAAAAACCUUUAAUCUCGAGAAAUUUCUAAAUUCAUGCUGCAUGCUCACCAAAAACAUGGCCUGGAAUUGAUACUUAAGGUUUUAGAGACAAAUAAUCUUGUAAUAUUCUAAAAUAAAUCUCUAAAAUUAAGUUGAAGUGUUGAUGCCAUGCCUAAAUACCCUCUAUCGUUAUAUAGAUUUAAUGACAAGUCUAAUUAAUAAUAAAAUUUAGAAGAAAAAUGAUAAAAAUCAAAUCAUUAGUGACUUUAUGCCCACAAAAAAUUAAAAAAAAUUUAACUGAGUUUUGAAAAAAGUCAGAAAUAUAUCGGAUUUAUCAAAAAGCAAUUGUAUUUAAUCAUUGAGUAAGGAAAAUUUUAUUCUUGAAGAAUUUUUAAAGUUUGUUGGGAUUGAGAAUUGGAUUUGACAUUUAAGAAGCCAAAACUAGCUCUUAACAAACUCAUUUUCGAAUAUUUAAGCAACCCUAGUCCAAACAUUGCAAUAAUCCAUGACACAUUUGAUUUAACCAGCUUUAAUAGCCUCAAUAAUCAAGAAUACUUAAUAACCUCUCCAUUGAAUACAAUAAUCUCAGCUCAAAAUUCAUAACCACACAAGGACCACUUAGAAUACACGAAUGCCUGCUUUAUAUAAACAUGAUCCUAUAAGUAGACGCAUAUAAACGAGUUUUCGGUCAAACACUUUCUGGUUAUGAGGCUAAUUGUUCAGAAAAUCAUUUUGAUAAAAGCAUAAUCCGCUAUAAGUAUCCUUAAAUCCUUUACAUGUUGUAUAUCCAAACAAAUUAGAGAAUCAUUGAGUAUAAAAAUGAAAAAGUUGCUUUAUCGACAAAUUGUCGGUACUGACAAUACAAUCUUCUUGCUCAACAUUGAUAAUGCAGACAAAUCCAAUACAAGUCUCAAUUCCAACAUACAAGUUCUUGUAUUUGACAAAGAAAUCAACCAAUUUUCAACUUGUAAGAGAAAAGACAUUCAUGAAUAUAUUUUAGGAUAUAUUUUAUGCAAGAAAAAAAGACAUAAAGGAAUUACCUCUCUCUUUCUCAGAUACUCAAAAUUAUUUGUCCAGUGCUUCAAAAAAUUGAUUUGAUUUACAAUAGUUUUGUGCAAAUUUGUAGAUUUAUAUCAUGAUAUAUGAUUAAUAUGUAGCGCUAAUGAGUGAAUAACAAGAAAUAAUGUUAAUAUAAAGAGUUUGGAGUUGAAUGGCAGACACUGCUGUCUGUUGGUUUGAUAAACACAAUGCUUAUUUAUUAAUAAGUUUAAUUAAAGAUUUCUCUAUAGAGGGGCAAACAACUUUACAAAGAGAAAUUAACUAAUUGGAGCUGUACAAAUAAUUUGAAUUUAAAGUAGCCGUUAAAUUAUUCUCAACAAAUUCUAAAAUUAUCAAACCUAGUUCAAUUAUUCGUAUACGAUUUAAACAAAAAUUUACAUUAUUAAAACUUUAAAUUUUUUGAUCAAACCUUUAAACGAUUGCUUGAAUAAGUUCAAAACUGACUAUAUCGCUAAGACACAAGAUGAAAACGCGAAAUAGAUUCUUUAUUUAAUUCUCAAGCUCCUGACGAUUACUUGUAUGGUUAUAGGGAUGUGAUUAUUCAUCCAUAUUCAGUCAUCAAGUUGUUUAAACAAGAUUCAAUCUUAAUAUUUGCUGCCAUUCAACUUCAAAACUCUCAAAUUAAUAACCUUAACAGAGUGACAAACACAAUUAAACUGUAAAAUUAAAGUCAGUAAAAAAUCUUCUUUCUAAUUCAAUUAGGUAAUUAAGAAACUAAUUUACAGGAUAAACUUUUUAUUUUGAAUUUUCGUAAUAAUAUGAUUAAUUCCACAAAAUUUAUUACUCCCUAAAAUGAAGUGAAAAACAAUCUUUCACAAUAUGAUAAUUUUUAUAAUGCAGAAAUCCACUAAAAAAAUAUGAAAUUGAAUCCAACAUAGAUAAAACUUAUGUUAGAGAGAGACAAAAAUUAAUAAAAUGAAAAAAAUU